AAUUUCUCCGAUCCAAACUAAGGCUUAGGGUUAGGGUUUGGCGACGAACAGGUACCUCCCUAGGAUUUUCUCUUCGAUUGGGGAGCUUUCCCCCUUUUUUUCUUUCUGUAUCGCCUGCACGCAUCCAAUCCCUUGAAGCAUCACCGACUUGCUUUGUUGCCCUUAACCUUAGGUGAUAGCAGGCAGCAGGAACUAAAUUCUUGUGAGUUAAAGUGACAAAGUUGAAAAGCAAAAACAAGGGGAUCGGCAGCAACCCAUCCAUGAUGGCGAAUGAUGACGUGGGCACCAUGCUAAGUCGGAUUCGAUUAACUGAAGACGAGGUUGGCAUCCACCCGCUGCACGAGGUGUGGAAACAUGAAGAUGCUAAAGUAGACAAUUUGAGAAAAGGCGACUCUUUGGGGAAGGUUCAAGGCUUGGAUGAAGGUUAUAGUAAAGCUAUCAGGGUCAAAAUUGAUCUUGAGGUGGAAAAGCCCCUUGAACAGUUCAAAUCUUCUCAAAUUACUGCAACGGAAAGCAAAAAAGUUUAGACUCAAAUAUGAGGAGCUCUUAGAAUUUUGUUUUGUUUGUGGAUAUAUGGGACAUUUUGAAAAUGACUGUGAAAUUGCACCUCAUAUAAAAGAUGAGGAUUUUUAAUUCUUGGUUAAAAGUAAAGUUGGAAAAUUCAU